AUGGUUAGUACUGGAAUGUUCAUCGGUGGCAGAAUUAUUAUUGGAAUAGGAGGUUGUCUUUCUCAAACUGCUGCAUCUCCUUUGGUUGCUGAGUGUUCGUAUCCUCCUCACAGGCCUAUCUUAACUGGUCUUUUGCUUGUCUCUUGGAAUUUUGGCUCUUUCGUUGCAGCGUUAGUGACUUGGGGUCCAUAUAAUGGUAGCCUUAGAACUAAUGACUGGGCAUGGAGACUACCAUCUUUAAUUCAGAUGUUUUUCCCUACCUGCCAGGUGGUACUAGCAUUCUUUGGUCCUGAAUCUCCCCGUUGGUUGGUUGAUAAGGGGAGAGAAGACGAAGCACUAACAACUCUAGCCAAAUAUCAUGCUGAUGGUGAUAUUCACUCUCCAUUGGUAGAAUUUGAAAUGGCCCAAAUUAAAGCUGCUAUCGAUAUUGACAAGUUGAAUAAAACAUCCUCUUGGAUGAACUGGUUUUCCUCAAAGCAGAUGUUUCACAGAUUCUUCAUUUGUUGUGCUGUUCCAGCAAUGUGGCAGUUAUCUGGUAAUGCAUUGGUCUCUUAUUACUUGACUUUGAUUUUGGAUUCUAUCGGACUCACAAGUUCCGUUGAACAGCUAAAAAUCAAUUUGGGUCUUACAGUUUGGACAUUGUUUUGCGGUGUUGUUUACGCCACAUUUGUGGAUGAAGUACCACGAAGACAUGUUAUGUUCACAGGUUUCUCUCUUUCAUGCUUGACAUUUACCAUAUGGACUGUGCUUUCAGCUCUUAACGAGGAAAGAGAUUACAAGGAUAAGGGUUUGGCUGCUGGAGUUGUUACUAUGAUCUAUCUUUUCAACACCUUCAAUACAAUUAACGUUCCUAUAGGAGUGACUUAUGUUAUGGAGGUGGCACCUUAUGCCAUGAGAGCAAAAGCAUCAACCAUUUAUCAGUUUAGCGGAAAUAUUACUGGUUUGUUCAACAACUAUGUGAAUCCUAUCGGUCUUGAGAAUAUCUCGUGGAGAUAUUACAUUGUUUGGCCAGUCUGGAUUCUAGUCCAUAUAGUUGUUGUCUACUUCUUUUUCCCUGAAACCUACAAAAUGUCCUUGGAGGAGGUUGAUAAAGUGUUUGUUAGCAAAGAGGAAUGGCAAGAAAAGACAAAUAAGGAGAACCAAAUCAUGCAAGAGGUUGAAACUGCCAAGAAAGAUGUGAGUGCUGAACAUGUGGAGUAG